AUGACCCUGCUCAAGCUGUCCCUCAUGGCCUUCAGCUUCAUAUUCUGGGCAGCGGGGCUGACCAUGCUCAUCAUCGGCCUCUGGGCCAAGGUGUCUCUGGGUAGUUACUUGGCGUUGUCGGCCAGYGACUACCCCAGCGCCCCCGCCAUCCUCUUGGCCACCGGCCUCGCUGUCAUCAUCUGGGGCUUCCUGGGAUGCUUCGGCGCCGCCACGGAGCACCGGGGGCUCCUGCGCGCCUACAGCGCCUUCCUGGGGGCCGUGCUGGCGGCCGGGCUGGCGGCCGGGCUCUCGGCGCUCCUGUACCGCCGGACCCUGGCGCAGGGCUUCCAGGAGGGGCUGCACCAAGCGCUGCUGGCAUACGGGGAGGACGACGGGGUGGCGGACUCCCUGGACGCGCUGCAGCGGGCCUUGUCGUGCUGCGGUGUGGAGAGCUACCGCGACUGGCUGGCCUCGCCCUGGGGGCUGGAGCAGAACGGCUCGGUGCCCCUGAGCUGCUGCCGGACCCGCCGCGACUGCCAGCGCCGCCCGCCCGACCCGCGCCGGCUGCACCGCGACGGCUGCUUCGGCAGCGUGUCCGCCUUCGUCGGCACCAACUUGUAUUACCUUGCCACCGCUGCCCUGGGGCUGGCACUGCUGCAGCUCGUYGGCAUCGUGCUGGCCUGCCUGCUGGCCGCCCGCGUCCCUGCUCACCUGCUGGGCAUCACCACCACUCGCUGA